UUCAGCACCACACGCCAAUGGACAGCGGUUUGAAGCAAAAGAGUCAUUGGAUAGUUUUGCCAUCGUGAAGUGUCAGGAUUUGUUACGGGUCUUGAGACCGUUGAGAUUUGGAUUACCAAUUAAGACAGGUUAUUUUGUGGAGAUUCUAUUCUCAUUAUUCUUCUGCACUGAUAUUGUAUCCCUCACGACCGGAACAAAUUUCGGCAUUUGAAUCCUUACACCUGUUUUGCACUAGCUCAGGUUCUAAGAAAACAAGAUCGCUUUGGGAAGAAUUGGUAAAUCGGCAAAUGGUGAAAAACAUCGUUAAUAAGAGACGUAUGGAGCGGACGAUAUAAACUGAACUUUGUCUUACUUUUCUGAAAUAAAAUCCAGUGGGUUUCAUUCAAGGAGCCCGGUGAGGAGAAAGGCCAUGUCUGAGAACCUGCGGGUUUGCUUGGGCUGACUGGACUUUUUGACCGCGCCUGGGGUGUUAGAGAGAGAGAAAGAAGCUAAACACCCCUGAAGGAGUGGAGAAGAAGAGGCUUAUCUCCCAUCUUUGUUCUCUCUAAUACCCCCCGAGAUGGCUGUCUAUGGACCCGCUCCUGCCUCAUCCAAAACUGUUUAGUAACUCCACACAGUCUCCACCCCUGUAACAGCGCAAACAGAGAACACACCGCAAGAAACGGGAGGGAGAGAAAAGGCUCAUUAGGAUUACUGUAAUGGUGUCGGAGCUGAGAGACAUGAGAAGAUUCUUAUGAGCAGUGCUCCGAAGAUAUUGCGGCUCACCUACAGGCCAUUUGUUUAUGGGAAUUUUAAUCUCUUUUUUUUUUGAGGGACUUAAUUUAGUUUGAUUAAGGUUCAGCUCGCCCUUUUUGUCAUGAAUGUUCUGGGAAGCUUUAUUAUGAGGGUGAAGAGUGGAUGCCAUGGAGGCGGUCCGGCUUGGUCCUGCGGGGUCCUACUCCUGGCCUGCUGUGUCCUGGUAGCCCUGGGGGCAAAGCCAAAGACACCUGGCCACACACACCUCAACUCCAUCCGCAUAGACGGGGACAUCUCUCUCGGCGGCCUCUUCCCGGUACAUGCCAGAGGCAAUGAUGGUAAAGCCUGCGGGGAACUUAAGAAGGAGAAGGGUAUCCACAGACUGGAGGCCAUGCUGUUUGCACUGGACCGCAUCAACAGUGACCACACCCUGUUGCCCAACAUCACUCUGGGGGCCCGGAUCCUGGACACCUGUUCCCGGGACACUCAUGCCCUGGAGCAAUCGCUCACUUUUGUCCAGGCACUCAUUGAGAAGGAUGGCACAGACAUAAAGUGCUUGAGUGGCGGGCCGCCCAUCAUCACCAAACCCGAGAGAGUGGUGGGUGUCAUCGGGGCCUCUGCCAGCUCUGUAUCAAUCAUGGUGGCCAACAUCCUGCGCCUCUUCAGGAUCCCCCAGGUGAGUUAUGCCUCCACGGCUGCCGAGCUGAGUGAUAACACGCGCUACGACUUCUUCUCCCGCGUUGUGCCAUCGGACACCUAUCAGGCACAGGCCAUGGUGGACAUAGUCAAAGCAAUGCAAUGGAAUUACGUCUCCACAGUGGCAUCAGAGGGCAACUAUGGAGAGAGCGGUGUGGAUGCCUUCAUACAGAAGUCCCGUGAAGAUGGAGGUGUGUGCAUCUCUCAGUCAGUGAAGAUACCCCGAGAACCCAAGCCUGGAGAGUUUGACAAGGUCAUCCGCAGACUGUCAGAGAACCCCAAUGCCCGGGUUGUUAUUCUCUUUGCCAAUGAAGAUGACAUCAGACGACUUCUUCAAGCAGCUAAGAAAGCCAACAAGACAGGACAUUUCAUCUGGGUUGGCUCAGAUAGUUGGGGGUCAAAAAUCUCCCCCAUCCUGAACCAGGAGGAGAUGGCAGAAGGGGCUGUGACCAUCUUACCCAAACGCCAGCCCAUCCGAGGGUUUGAUCGCUACUUCACCAGUCGGACAUUGGACAACAACAGAAGGAAUAUUUGGUUUGCAGAGUUCUGGGAAAACAACUUUCAGUGCAAACUCAGCCGGCACGCUCUGAAGAAAGGAUCCGGCAUCAAAAAGUGCACAAAUCACGAGCGGAUCGGGCAGGACUCCAUCUAUGAGCAGGAGGGGAAGGUGCAAUUUGUGGUGGACGCAGUCUACGCCAUGGCUCAUGCCCUACACAACAUGCACAGGGAACUCUGUCCAGGCAAAGUGGGCCUCUGCUCCGAAAUGGAAACCAUCAAUGGAACCAUGUUGCUCAAUUUCAUUCGCACUGUCAAAUUUACAGGAAUUGCUGGCACUCCCGUGAUCUUCAAUGAGAACGGAGAUGCCCCUGGUCGCUAUGCCAUCUACCAGUACCAGAUGAAAAACAAUACCAACGAGUACAAGAUUAUUGGUCACUGGGCAGACCUGCUUCAUUUAAAUCAGAAUAAGGACAUGCGGUGGCCUGGAGGGACUCAACAGGUACCCCAGUCUAUAUGCAGCCAACCCUGCCGUCCUGGGGAGAGGAAGAAAACUGUGAAAGGUGUCCCCUGCUGCUGGCACUGUGAGCGCUGCGAUGGUUACCAGUACCAGGCGGACACCCACAGCUGUAAGAUGUGCCGAUUUGACCUGCGUCCCAACGGGAACCACACAGCCUGUGAGGCCAUCCCCAUAGUCAAGCUGGAGUGGAGCUCUCCCUGGGCGGUCAUCCCAGUCCUCAUCGCUGUGCUGGGCAUCAUGGCCACCCUGUUUGUAGUGGUCACCUUCAUCCGUUACAACGACACGCCCAUUGUCAAGGCGUCCGGGCGGGAACUUAGCUACGUGCUGCUGACUGGCAUCUUCCUGUGCUACGCCACCACCUUCAUCAUGAUCUCUGCCCCGGACUUGGGCAUCUGCUCCCUGCGGCGGAUCUUCCUGGGUCUGGGGAUGAGUAUUAGCUAUGCGGCGCUGCUCACUAAGACCAACCGGAUCUAUCGCAUCUUCGAGCAAGGGAAGAUGUCAGUAAGCGCCCCGCGGUUCAUCUCCCCAGCAUCCCAGCUGGUCAUCACAUUCAGCCUGAUCUCUGUGCAGCUCCUUGGGGUAUGCAUCUGGUUCCUUGUGGACCCCUCUCAGGCUAUUGUCGAUUAUGAGGACCAGCGCACAUCCAACCCGGACAUGGCCCGUGGCGUGCUCAAAUGUGACAUCUCAGACCUUUCUCUGAUCUGCCUGCUUGGUUACAGCAUGCUGCUCAUGGUUACCUGUACAGUGUAUGCCAUCAAGACCCGAGGGGUGCCGGAGACCUUCAAUGAGGCCAAGCCCAUCGGCUUCACCAUGUACACCACUUGCAUUGUCUGGCUAGCCUUCAUACCCAUCUUUUUUGGGACCUCACAGUCAACGGAAAAGAUGUACAUCCAGACCACAACCCUGACCAUCUCUGUGAGCCUGAGUGCCUCUGUGUCUCUGGGGAUGCUCUAUAUGCCCAAGGUCUACGUGGUCCUUUUCCACCCAGAACAGAAUGUGCCCAAGCGCAAGCGCAGCCUUAAGGCUGUGGUCACUGCAGCCACCAUGUCCAACAAGUUUCCCACAAAGGGCGGCCUCCGGCCCAAUGGAGAGGCCAAGUCUGAGCUGUGCGAAAGCCUGGAGACACAAGCUUUGGCCUCCAAGCAGACAUACAUAAGCUACAGUAACCACGCCAUCUAGGAAACAGACAGUGGAGCCCAGGCUGGGAAGCCUAGCAAGGACCUGCCCGGGUAGUGACCGAACACCAAAACUGGACCACCAAAAUGCAAGAGCCGUAGGAUAUGGAUAGAAGGAAAAUGAGAAUUGUCACUCAACGUACAGAACCAAUAUCACUAUUUUCAAGAGGACCAGGAAAUGCAAGGCAGGGCGAUUGAAUGCAAGACAAAAACAGCAGGACAGGGGAGGUGGGGAUGUAAGGCAGCUGGUGACAGUGACGUCUUCCCUCCCCAUCCCCUUUGUGACAUGUCAGAGACGUCAGGCAGUCACUUUUCCAAAUGAAGGCGUAACAAACAACUUCAAGUCAGUGUUUUCCUUCUGGAGUUAGAAGAGCUUUUCUCUUCUGGUGUUUUCUUUUGUUCAGCUAACACCCUCUGUAUCAGUGAAUUACGUUUUUUGUCUGUGUGCAGCAGUGUUGUAAUUCCCAAUCAGUGGUCAUUACUUGCUUCACUAUACUCUUUCCUUUACAAUAAGGAUGAAAGGCUGAACCCAAUAGCAGAAAGAAAGACAAAGCUAUUUCACAAUUUAAGAAAAGUAUGUUUUUGCAGUAUUUUUUAGUUUUUUAAGGUUUUAGUGUAGUCAGCUGUGUCAUUGCAAGACCAGGGUUCAAAUCCUGCUUGCACAUUAUCCCAAGGGUCCAGAGGAGGGCAGUGUAAUUGAGCAGGAUCGGCAGGCGUUUAGUAAUAAAAUAUGGUCAUCUGGCUCGUCGCACUCUGUUCCUUCUUCGUAAGCAUUUUGUGCAGUGUAAUAAGAAAGAGAAUUUCAACGGAUCUGCUUCGGAAGACACAUAUCUCAAAAUUGACUGUCCUGAGGCCGCUGGGAGAUGCUCAAGGUCUUAGUCAUGAAAUUUAAAUAUCAGAAUUGGGGAUAAAAAAUGGAUAAAAGUACAAACAUUAAAUAUGCAUCUUUACAAGAUUUAAAAAAAUAUCUGAAUAAUCUGUUUUACAGCACAGGACCAACAAACAUUUACUUUUAAAAUAAAAUAGUGUAAUACCAUCUUUACAGUCUCUGUACAGCCCUAGUGCAUGCCUGUGGUAACAUAAUGUGUACUGUGCUGUGUUGUCAAAAUAUAUGGAAUGCAUCGUGUGAGGAUUGUGAUUCAACAGCCAAAGUGGUGUUAUCAUUUUGGACUAAUACACACUUGGUACUGCAAUACAGUAAAAGGAUAGUAAAUGAUAAUACUGGAUAUAUACGUUGGCUACGAGGCUACCCUUUUGAUCCCAGAUAUCAUUCUUAGGGUUGUCUGUGAUCAAAAGGCUGCCCCAACAUGAAAAACAUAUACAAGCAAGUGUAUUCUAUUAGAAUUUAAGCCACUUGUGAGAAGCAACCUUACUAACAAAGCAAUUAAACUAUUAUUUGAGGAACAGGAUAAAUUUUGUGCUUGCUGCAUAAAGACACAUUUUUGUAAAAACAAUAUUUAAAAAAUGUGUUGAACAUAUAACCAUUGAAGUUACGUAAAAACAUCAGCAGUGUACUUUGUCCAGUGUGCGUUGUCCUUGGUAAUGCUCUUGACUCUUUUGCAAUGCACCUGUGAUUUCAGUAAAAGUGCUUGUUCCUUUCAUGUUAUUCAGAGAGAGGAAGUCACUCCACAGCCACAUGAGUGAAUUAACUUCAAGAGUAAGCCUAUUCCUGUCAGCACAAUAGAGGAUACUGCUUCACAAAAAUAACAACAAACAAAUCUCUCAUCUUAUCUGUGUUGUGUCCAGGUUUCAAUGUCUUUUCUCAUAUUGUAUUGUUAGUUUAAUUUCACCAUUCCAUUUCCGGGACAGCAUUAUCUUUACUACAUCAAAGCCAGUCUGAAAAUAUAUAAAUAGUUAGGCAUGAUGCUGUACCACAGACAUUUACCUAUGGAGAAAUUAUUCUAUAGGCUCCAGAAGGAAAACUACUGUAAAAGAAGUUUAUAAAUGUUUAUAAAUAAGAUUGGAGAAAGAGGAAAACCUUGUCUGUUUAAUUUAUGAUUCUCAGCUCUUUGCUUCAACAAAGAUCCUAGAUGUUUUUUUUUUUCAUUGUUUAAGAUAAGUAUUGUGGGAUUGUUUGUGUUUGUGAAUAUGAUGAUUUAUUGCUUUUGCCUCCCCUUCAUAUUUUUUUUCCGACACUUUGUGUUGCAAAAUAGAGUAAGUACUGACGAACUAAAUGGCAAGUUAAUAUACGUUAUUAAAAAAGAAUGUCUGCUUUAUGUAUUGACCUAUUAAAAAAAAAUUACAGUGCCUGGAUAUUUAUGAAAUAUCUAUAGAAAACAUGAAAAUGUGUAGAGCAUGUACAUUUUUAUACAAGAUAUUUCUAAUAAAAUACUGUUUUGCAAAAA